UUGGUUUUUCAUUGGCAGCUUCUAGAAAAAAAAGCUGUAAGAGGACUUUCUCAAGAAGUACGUUUGUUACAGAAACUUGAGGUAAAGGUUCCCGAUGUUACUAAACUGCCCACUCUUCGCGAAGACAAAUUCAUGUUAGAAUUUUAUAAUGCUGUGUCACCGCGACAAAUGUUAGCAAUUUAUGCAAGUUUGCUCAAAGAACGCCGUAUUAUAUUCACUGGAAGAAAAUUGAGCCAAUUAAGUUCGUGCAUUUAUGCGGUGUCCACUCUCCUUUAUCCAAUGUUCUGGCAAUCCGUUUUCAUACCAGUCUUACCUGAAUCUCUACUUGACAUGGUCAUGGCUCCUAUGCCCUUUCUGAUCGGUGUUCCAAAGCAAGUAAUGGAGGCUAACGUACUGAAAGAUCUUGGAGAAGUAGUAAUUGUUGAUCUCGAAGAUAAAACUCUGCAAAGCGCACAUAACGAUGUGACUGACAUUCCAAACGAGGUUCAACUUUCAUUUCAUCGCUUCUCUUCCUCUCCGUUUUUGGCACUGUAUUCUGCUCAUUUCCAGGUCGUGAUGUUCUUGAAAAGCCAGCUGAAGAAUUCAUCAGACAUGGGAGAUUCAAUUUCGAGAAGCUUUCUUCGAGCUAAUGUCCUACUGUUUGGCGGUUAUCGAAUGGGUUUCGUGAGGAGCGAAUCAACGGGGGUGGUCCAUUGGGAUAAGGAGAAAUUCGUUCGUGAACAGAGACCAUCGUUCCAGCCGUUCUUAUCCUCGCUAAUUGGAACUGACGGCGUUCAGUAUCUUGAAAGGUUCAUCGAAGAGCGCACCCGAGCACUCAACAGCGGCCUGCCAAUCUCGGACGAAUUCGAAACGGAAAUCGGGAACAUGGACAAACUGAAGUUACAGGCGGUAAAUCCUGAAGCGAUACAACAAGCAAUGCAAAGUGUGAAGGAUAAUGCCAGUGACGUAAUCGGGGCAUUGAAAGAUAAAGUGACGGGUAUUCAGGUGAGUUAA